AUGUUUGCAGUGUUGGGUACACAGGUGCAGACCCGGGAGCAGGAGACCCCCCCAGACUUCUUCUAUUUCUCUGACUUUGAGAGACACAACGCAGAGGUCGCUGCCUUUCAUCUGGACAAGAUCCUGGACUUCCGACGCGUCCCUCCGGUGGCCGGCAGGCUGGUCAACAUGACGAAGGAGAUCCGAGAUGUGACACGAGACAAAAAGCUCUGGAGGACCUUCUUCAUUUCACCAGCCAACAACGUGUGUUUCUACGGAGAGUGCUCGUACUACUGCUCCACUGAGCACGCUCUGUGUGGGAAACCCGACCAGAUCGAGGGAUCCCUCGCCGCCUUCCUGCCCGACCUGGCGCUCGCCAAACGCAAGACCUGGAGGAACCCGUGGAGACGCUCCUACCACAAACGCAAGAAGGCAGAAUGGGAGGUGGACCCGGAUUACUGUGAGGAAGUGAAACAGACCCCUCCGUACGACAGCGGGACGCGACUGCUGGACAUCAUGGACAUGACCGUGUUUGACUUCCUCAUGGGAAACAUGGAUCGGCACCAUUAUGAGACGUUUGAAAAGUUUGGAAAUGAGACGUUUAUCAUCCAUCUGGACAACGGCAGAGGAUUCGGAAAGCACUCCCAUGACGAGGUCUCCAUCCUGGUGCCGCUGACCCAGUGCUGCAGGAUCAGGAAGUCGACCCACCUGCGUCUGCAGCUGCUGGCUAAAGAGGAGUUCAAGCUGUCGCUGCUGAUGUCAGAGUCUCUGGUGAGGGACCGGCUGAGCCCCGUCCUCAUCCAGCAACACCUGCAGGCCAUGGACCGGAGGGUGCGCCAGGUGCUGAAUGUGCUGUCAGACUGCGUAGAGAAGGAGGGCUACAGUUACGUUGUGGAGGACGACCUCCAGGGGCCCGCCCCGCCCCCCCGGCAGAGGUAGCUGUCCCGGGGCGCUGGCAGCAGGACCGACUCACUGACUCCCUGCAGAAAGUAGAUCCGGUCUCUCUCUUAAAAAACCCUGAAACUCAGAUGCUCUCCGUCUGCACUGGGAUUUAUUUUACCGCAGCCUGGAAGUGAAGCCUGCUGGAUGGGACUUACAAACUUGACUUGAGCUGCACGGGUGACGAGUGGAUGAACCUGGGUGGGGGUUACAAACUGAACUGAGCCCCUACAUCACAUGGACUCCUUAAAAAAAACACCCCCUCUGACUCUAGUGUCAUAGCGUCACCUGCAGCACUACGAAACACACGAAAGUCUUGAAAGAGACGCCUUCUCUCUGUCUUCAGGAACCUGCUUUUGAAUUCAGUGAAUCUGAGGGA